GGAGGCGGGCGGGCGAUGGCGGCGCAGUUCCGCAGCUACGUGUGGGACCCCGCGCUGAUCGUGGCGCAGAUGGUGCUGCUGCAGGCGGGAUACUACAGCUCGCUCGGGCUCUGGCUCGCCCUCCUCGGCACCCUGGGCAGCACCGGGCCCUCUCUCCAGCAGGUGUUCAGCGACGAGAUUUUAGGCUUCUCAACCCCGCCGGGGAGGCUCUCCAUGAUGGCUUUCAUCCUCAAUGCACUCACCUGCGCUCUGGGCUUGCUGUACUUCAUCCGCCGAGGGAAGCAGUGCCUGGAUUUCACCGUCACCGUUCACUUCUUCCACCUGCUGGGCUGCUGGAUCUACAACUCGCGUUUCCCCUCGACGCUGACGUGGUGGCUGGUGCACAUCGUGUGCACGGCGCUGAUGGCGGCCAUCGGCGAGUACCUGUGCAUGAGAAUAGAGCUGCGGGAGAUCCCCCUCAACUCCGCCCCCAAAUCCAACGUAUAGACUGCCGCAGGCAACCGCGUGCUGCGUUUUGUCAUUGUUCCCAGCACAAUGCACCCAAUGCCUCAGAAUCAUCCCUCAAGAAGCACAGCAGGUCUGUUCAGACUUUAUGGUUUUGGUUUUUUUUUUUUUUUCCUUUGGACCUCGGUGACUGCAUGAGUGCGAGCGUCUCCUCUGGCAUCGGCUGGCAGCAGGGGAGGAGCAGAAGUUUAUUUUGUUAACACAAAGUAUUAAUAUGGACUGGAUGGAGAGUGUGCCCUUCAGCUCUUCACUCGUGAGACUGUUCAAGGCCAGGUAGCAAAGUGAGGAGCAUUUGGAAUGUAACGAUGUGGGAGUGCCCUCGAUGGGUAACACAAUGGUCAGCUCUGCUUGCUGGAGCUGCCACGGUGAGCAGUGGGGCUGGGAGCUGCUGCUUCCAAUCUGUGACUUCUUUGGGCUUUGCUUGGGAAAAGAGUCAAGGAAGUGAAUGGAUGGGGAGAAAGAAAACAGUUGUACUUACCUGAAUCACCAGCUGAGACACUAAAUAAUAACCUGUAAUGUUAGAUGGGUUUGUUUGCUGUUUCCAUGUUUGAUACACAGAGGUGACAGACAGCAGUUUGCUGAAGAAAUCUUUUGUAAUAAUAAAAAUAUAAUGUUGCUGUGAGUGUUACGGCUCUCCCGGGAAGCUGAGCACUUCAGGAAA